AAUUUUGAAGCCAGUUUCAUUGGACUACAGAAAGCAUACCACAGCAAUCUGCUCUGUUCUAUAAUAAUUGCCAAUUUUUAGCACAUUGGGUGACCUCGAAUUCAGAAAAGGGCAUACCCACAUACCCAGCAUUGGUUAAGACCCUACAUAUGAAUGGAAGCAAAUAUUUGAAUGUACAAAUCAAUUAUCAGCAAAAGAUUAUCAUGGGCAUACUCAAAGAAUUUGAUAUUUCCGAUGCACACACAGUUGGCACUGCGCCGUUGAAAUUAUUGCGUCAGUGUUUGCGUCAAUUAGAUUUGUUGAAAAAUGUUUGGCAGAAUGUGUUACCCGAUGCAAUUUAUAACAAGACAUUUUGCGAUAUUAUACAUGAUUUUUGUAAUGAAAUAAUACGACGUAUACUCGCAAUGGAGGACAUUUCGGCAACAGUGGCAAGUGAGUUGAGUGAGCUAAUCGGUGUCAUAUUGGAGAAGGUGCCAACUUUAUUCAAGCACAAACAUGAAGUGAUACAUAUUAAAUCUUGGAUAAAACUUGAGCAAUUCAAAAUGAUACUGAAUGCUUCGUUGCAAGAAAUCACCGAGCAGUGGUGUGAAGGUGCCGGUAUUUUAACGGCAAACUAUAAGGCAGAAGAAAUUAAGCAUCUCAUACGAGCACUUUUCCAAAAUACCGAUCGGCGCGCCAAGGCAUUAACGAAAAUUGUCUAAACAAGAUACACUGCGUUUUUUCUGGUAGUAUAAGAUUUUUAUUCUAAAAUUCUGAAAUAGUUAUUAAAUAAUAGGUAUGUUUUUCUGAAAUAUUUCUGAUAAAAGUUUUCGUUGCAUUCGCUAUUUUUUUGGUAAUAUUCGCAAUGUUUACAUGCCUUCAAGCAAGAAUUGUGCACAGAUAAUGAACGACGACUCAUCCAUCCAUUCUAUUAUCGGCGAUCAUAUCUGGGAAAAUACAAAAGCACAAAGUUUUUCAUAAGUUAUUUAUAAAUGAUGUUUUUAAUGGUUUAAUUGGAAGAUUGCAAUAAAAAACUUAUUUAUGUACGUA